AAAACGAAACCACUCUGGACUGGAAGUAGGACGAGAGUUGGAACUCGCAGGACAGGGAGUGCACAAACUAUCCAGCACAGCCCCCUCUGCCCCCUCUGGAGGCUGGGGAGGGAUUCCAGCCCCUGCCACCCACAGACACGGGCUGACUAGGGUCAGGGGUAGGGUGUCUGCCCCCCUUAGGGGGGGCAGCACAGGGCCUCAGGCCUGGGUGCUGCCUGGCAUCUAGAAGAUGCCUGUGCCCUGGUUCUUGCUGUCCUUGGCACUAGGUCGAAGCCCCAUUGUCCUUUCUCUGGAGAGGCUUGUGGGGCCUCAGGACGCUACCCACUGCUCUCCGGGCCUCUCCUGCCACCUCUGGGACAGUGACAUACUCUGCCUGCCUGGGGACAUCGUGCCUGCUCUGGGUCCCGUGCUGGCGCCUACGCACCUACAGACAGAGCUGGUGCUGAGGUGCCACAAGGAGACCUACUGUGACCUCUGUGUGCGUGUGGCUGUCCACUUGGCCGUGCAUGGGCACUGGGAAGAACCUGAAGAUGAGGAAAAGUUUGGAGGAGCAGCUGACUCAGGGGUGGAGGAGCCUAGGAAUGCCUCUCUCCAGGCCCAAGUCGUGCUCUCCUUCCAGGCCUACCCUACUGCCCGCUGCGUCCUGCUGGAGGUGCAAGUGCCUGCUGCCCUUGUGCAGUUUGGUCAGUCUGUGGGCUCUGUAGUAUAUGACUGCUUCGAGGCUGCCCUAGGGAGUGAGGUACGAAUCUGGUCCUAUACUCAGCCCAGGUACGAGAAGGAGCUCAACCUCACACAGCAGCUGCCUGACUGCAGGGGGCUCGAAGUCCGGAACAGCAUCCCGAGCUGCUGGGCCCUGCCCUGGCUCAACGUGUCAGCAGAUGGUGACAAUGUGCAUCUAGUUCUGAAUGUCUCUGAGGAGCAGCACUUUGGCCUCUCCCUGUACUGGAAUCAGGUCCAGGGCUCCCCAAAACCCCGGUGGCACAAAAACCUGACUGGACCGCAGAUCAUUACCUUGAACCACACAGACCUGGUUCCCUGCCUCUGUAUUCAGGUGUGGCCUCUGGAACCUGACUCCGUUAGGACAAACAUCUGCCCCUUCAGGGAGGACCCCCGUGCACACCAGAACCUCUGGCGAGCAGCCCGGCUGCGACUGCUGACCCUGCAGAGCUGGCUGCUGGACGCGCCGUGUUCGCUGCCCGCAGAAGCCGCACUGUGCUGGCAGGCUCCAGGUGGGGACCCCUGCCAGCCAUUGGUCCCGCCGCUUUCCUGGGAGAAUGUCACUGUGGACAAGGUUCUCGAGUUCCCAUUGCUGAAAGUCCACCCUAACCUCUGUGUUCAGGUGAACAGUUGGGAGAAGCUGCAGCUGCAGGAGUGCUUGUGGGCUGACUCCCUGGGGCCUCUCAAAGACGAUGUGCUACUGUUGGAGACACGAGGCCCCCAGGACAACAGAUCCCUCUGUGCCUUGGAACCCAGUGGCUGUACUUCACUACCCAGCAAAGCCUCCACGAGGGCAGCUCGCCUUGGAGAGUACUUACUACAAGACCUGCAGUCAGGCCAAUGUCUGCAGCUAUGGGAUGAUGACUUGGGAGCGCUGUGGGCCUGCCCCGUGGACAAAUACAUCCACAAGCGCUGGGCCCUCUUGUGGCUGGCCUGCCUACUCUUUGCCGCUGCGCUUUCCCUCAUCCUCCUUCUCAAAAAGGAUCACGCGAAAGGGUGGCUGAGGCUCUUGAAACAGGACGUCCGCUCGGGGGCGGCCGCCAGGGGCCGCGCGGCUCUGCUCCUCUACUCAGCCGAUGACUCGGGCUUCGAGCGCCUGGUGGGCGCCCUGGCGUCGGCGCUGUGCCAGCUGCCGCUGCGCGUGGCCGUAGACCUGUGGAGCCGUCGUGAAAUGAGCGCGCAGGGACCCGUGGCCUGGUUCCACGCGCAGCGGCGCCAGACCCUGCAGGAGGGCGGCGUGGUGGUCCUGCUCUUCUCGCCCGGGGCGGUGGCACUGUGCAGUGAGUGGCUACAGGACGGGGUGUCCGCGCCCGGGGCGCACGGCCCACACGACGCCUUCCGUGCCUCGCUCAGCUGCGUGCUGCCCGACUUCUUGCAGGGCCGGGCGCCCGGCCGCUACGUGGGGGCCUGCUUCGACAGGCUGCUCCACCCGGACUCCGUACCCGCCCUUUUCCGUACCGUGCCCGUCUUCUCACUGCCCUCCCAACUGCCGGACUUCCUGGGGGCCCUGCAGCAGCCCCGCGCCCCGCGUCCCGGGCGGCUCCAAGAGAGGGCGGAGCACGUGUCCCGGGCCCUUCAGCCAGCCCUGGAUAGCUACUUCCAUCCCCCGGGGACUCCCGCGCCUGGACGCGGGGUGGGACCUGGGGCCGGGGACGGGACUUGAAUAAAGGCAGACGCUGUUUUUCUACCCA